AUGGAAUGUUUCCGGCAGAUCUUCCGGUGUGUGAGAGCGCCUUUCAAGCGUGAAAGAGGAAGGGUCAUCGAGAUCGGUCCUCCAACCAACUUUCGCAAAGAAGAAUUGCCCGCGUGCUUCUCUGAUGCCGAGUCAGUCCUUUCGCCCAGCCAAAAUGCGACAGAGCGACCCAAUCUGACCACUGAAACACAGGACCUUGACGUCGCAGGACAGUCAUACAACGACCGUGGAGAAAGACGAGACAACGAUCGAGAUGAUGCCGUUACCAUCGUCAACGAAGAGCAGGCUCCAAGGCCACGCGCGCAGACUGAGCGUGAGACUAUCACAAACCGCAUCCGCAAGCGUUUGAAUGCGCUUCACUGGUGGAAAUCGAGAUCAACAGCGCCCCAUGAACAGAGUGCCGAUAACAUCGCGGUAGAAGAGAUGCGACCCCGGGUCAAUUGA